AUGAGUAGCAGUGCCUCCUCGUCAACGGCUGGAAGUAAUGCCCAAGGUGGUGGUGCUGCUGCUGCUGCUGCUGCUGCUGCAGGACCAACGAGUCAGUCAAGCGGACACGAGGUUAGUGAAAUAAGCAAUGGUACGGACGGAAGUGGUCAUCCGAAUCAACAUGCCAGCGGUGCGGGACCGGGUGGAAACAUUGUAGAAAAGCAGGCGAACGGUGGCGGUGGUGUUGGCCAUCCCGGGACAGAACCACGGACGUCUUCACCUGCCCAUCGUCGGAACGGUGGCGCGAAUGGGACCACCAGUACCACCGGAACGGUUCUGCGUCGGAAGACGAAUGUUUGUCUGAUCUGUGGCAUCUACACCAAUCUUUCCCUCAACAUAUUCGAGCCACGCAAUGGACCAAAUAUUGUGGAUGUGAUCUACGAAAAGUACAAGUUCCGGGCUGAACGUGGUGACAACGCGGACAAACACAUCUGCUUCAGCUGCAACAACUGGCUGAUCAACUGGUAUUCGCUCCAGAACACAUCGUCCGGCAAUUCGCGAUCCUACGAACCGGCACCAUCCACUAGCCGCUCAUCGUCGGCCGCCGAUAGUAGCAACAAUAGUCGCCACGGUCGUCACCACAGCCAUGGCAAACCACGCACGAAAAGCCGCGACUAUCGUACGAUCGCCGUCUCGCCAAAUGAUAAGGAAAAUCGGCACCAAAAACCACGCCAACCAACAAAUCCUGAUCAGCACGGUCAGAUAUCUUCCACCACAACGUUCUCAACGGAUGAGGAGCCAAAGAACUAUCCAAGAGCUACUACCCAUACGCGGCGAAACGUGAAUCCUUACUCUAUAAACGCAAUUAACGCUUAUAACAGUGCACGACGGGCAUCGUUUGCGCUGAAGGAACAGAACGGUCAACGGGGAUCGGCGAAUGUUUGGAAGGAUCUCCCGGUAGUAGAAGCAGCAUCCAAGGACGAAGACUCGGAAAACGUGGUGUCCAGCAGUACGGAGCGGCAAUCGUUCGAUCCGUAUACGAUACUAGUCAAACCGUACGAAAGCCGGCUCAUACAGAUGCUCGAAGGGCAGGGCACGAGCGUAACGAAGGAAGUCGUUCCACGGACCUGGAAUCCACGUACGCUUGACAGUAUUAACGGGAACAACGUGACGGUGGUCCAGCGACGGAACGGCAAUCCUGAUGCGAACGGGAAUGGUUCAAAUGAUCUCCAGCGUGGGAAACAUGCGAAGCAGGAGGAUGAAGAUGAUUGCAAAGAAAUUGUAAUCAGUUUCGAUACCGCCCUGUCGGAGGUGAUCGAUGUGGUACCAUCACUGAAAGCGCUGCAAUCGUCGAAUGGUGAUGUCAAUAUGGACGACCCGGUACGAUCGUUACGAUCACGCUUAUCGUCCGGAGCGCUCACCGUAUCGGUGCUUCCGGUCGAUACGGUAUGA